GAUGGGUUUGCAUCAUCGGAAACGAACGUCGUGUACUUCAUUUACUCUAAAACCGUCAACGCUGGACUCUUUGGGGGAAGUUAUCCAAGGAUUCUUAUCACCGGCUUGGAGGGCGAAUCGAAGCGGAUCAAAGGCCAGAAUCAGCAGUUUAACAUUGCCGCCCAAUCGUUGGUCGUUAUCGAUGCACGUAACGAACCCAUGCAUAACAACAGGUGCUUGAUCUACUUGAUAAAGGAGUUACAGCGUGUCCGCAAUCCUGGAAGCAAUAAAUUUGUGCUGUUGGUUGAUAAAACCUUCCCGGAGCGUCUUAGCCUGCAGUACCUACGGGACGCACUGCUCAACCUCGGUAUAGGCUAUGCGGUGGUUUUACCCUACGAUCAAGUUAACUCCCCGCAUGAGCCUAGACGUUUAAUUCGCAUCAGUUUCACACAGCAGCUCACUGCGAGAACGACAAAAUUCCCAAACUUGCGACGUCUGUUCCGCUUGAACGGCCAAUCGCUCGAUGGGAUGCGCGUGUCCGGCGCAUUGUUUCAAUUCUUCCCCUUCAGCUACAUCACGCCGAGCCGACAAUGGGCCGGUACGGAUUACUAUCUGUGGAGCUUAAUCUCGACACAGCUGCGAUUGCGCCUGGAGUUUAAGUACGUCAAUCGAGCCGGUCCGAACUACUCCAGUGGUGCGUAUUCGCUUGCGAUGCUCAACAAAUCGGUGAAUUUUGUCGCGACCCGGGACAUGGUUGUGCUCGACCACGCUCCCAAGCUGCAUCUUACCUCGCGCGACUACUUCAAUCUGGUCGUACCGAAGCCGGUGAAGCUGAACCUUAUCGAUGCGAUGGUGCAACCGUUUAACGGAACAGUUUGGCUCAUGAUCGGGGUAUUGUUGGGCGUUCGCGUAUUUGCUGGCUAUUUGCAGGACCUUUUCGGUCUGCUUGAUAGAAGCGGUACAUUGCGCAAAUGGUUGCGUUCCCUUCAAGCCCCUCACUGUCCCUGCCCACAAUGGGUACAGCUUGCCGCGGAUGUGCUAACGUUCCUGCUAAUCGAGGCGUACCUGGCGCAGGUCACAUCUCUUCUCCUAACGCUGCGCUUCAUCGAGGGACCGCGAGAUUUGAACGAAUUUAUAGCCUCCAACAUACGGAUAGUGGAACCGUACGAAAGUACCCUUUCGCUGGUGCAGGUUGAGACGGGACAGCGGGCACUGCUGAAGACGCGAUUCGUGAAGCGUACGGCGGAAGAGCUGGCACGGCCCAACCAGGACGAUGCGUUCGUGGAGCUGCGGAGUCGCGUCGCGUUCCAAUCGUACGGUACGGAACCGUUCGAUCCGGUUACGGGCCGGCGGAACUUUUACCUGCUGGAUGAGCCGCUGGCCGAUGUGAGGUUUCAGUAUAGCUUUGCGAAGGAAACGGCUUUUAUGGGGGUGGCCCAGGACUAUAUGCUACGGUGCGAGGAGAAUGGGCUGCGGAUGCGGAUGGACGAGUCGUUCGAGCGUUGGGCGAAGAUUAAGAAACUGCGGAAGGAGUAUGGCAUUAAUGGGACCGUGCUGGAGUUUUCCGAUCUUAACUCGCUCUGGAUCUGUAUGGGCAUUGGAUGGUUGAGCAGUGGGUUACUGCUUUUGGCUGAACGUUUUGUGCACUCGCGGGUGGUUCGGCGAGCAUCUUGAGUGGAGUAAAUUAAGUUUAUUAAAUUAUGUUUUUGUUGAGAUAGAACACACUUACUGGAACACAUUUGCUAUCGGUUUGCAAUAACAAUACACAGUG